CGUUUGUUAGAACUGGAAGGCAAUGAGCGACCGCAUCAUUGCAAGCCAACGCUGUGUCAUGGUGAACGGUAUUUGCCUUGAAAUGCAUCCAAUUAUAUCAUAUAUUGAUUUAUUGUAACAACACCCGUGUGAAUUAUCUGUCUCCCUGCGAGCUCAUGACCGUAGCAGCAUGGCCCAGCACUAGCGGAGUGUGGGACAACAGAAAUGCCCCUGAAGAUAAACCUGUCCAGCGCUCCAAAUCCUUCAGCUUCAAGACGCCGAGGGAGGUGUGCUCGUCAUGUGAGAAGACAGUCUACCCCAUGGAGAGAUUGGUGGCUAACAACCUGAUAUUCCACUCUGCCUGUUUCUGCUGCAAACACUGCAACACCAAACUCAGCCUGGGCACAUUUGCUGCCCUCUCGGGUGAUUUCUACUGCAAGCCACACUACCAGCAACUCUUCAAGAGCAAAGGAAACUAUGACGAGGGCUUUGGCCGCAAGCAGCACAAGGAGCUUUGGACCGCCAAGGAGGGAGAGAACAUAACAAAGACUGCGUAGCCACGCCUGCCUGUCUGUGUCCCAUCCAUUCUCCCACGGGAAAGGCUAUACGGACACUCCUGACCUGCAAACCGACAUUUAAUUUCAGAAUUGGUUGAGGUCAGGGUUAGUUUUGGGUAGUUGUUUUGCAGGUCAUCAGUAUCCUUAAUAGUAUCUCCCUUCUCACCCCCAAACCCUCUUCUCCAUCUCCAACACGUCGUAAAGAGCAUGUGUCAUAUGAGGGGUGCACUCAGCGCUCUUGUGCGCUCUCUCUCCACACCAUGGAAGACCCACUAUGACUGGCCAGUCACGCCCCCUGUUGCUUAACAUUUUAUUUAGUGGGGUGUUUAUUCCUUUAAUUUGGUUUUAGUAAAAAUACAGAUUUUUAUGUUUUAUUUCUCUUUGAAAUUGUUUGUUGAUUGUGACCAAACUGCUUCUUCACAAACCAGUGGUACGUUUUUGCUGGCUUUUUGAGGACAACAUUAUUGUUUCCUUGUUUAUUUUUCUGAAAAAUGUGCACCCUUUUGAUGCAACAGGUGUAAGGACCAUAUGCGAAGAUAAACAUAUGGUUAGAGAAGCUAGAGGUCACUGUAAGCUGUAGAGCAUACUCUCAGGUCAAACAUACUGAGCUAGAUUGAUUUAGCAAGUUUGUAUUAUUUUAUGACCUCUUUUAGUUCCAUAUAGUCAAUUAAAUCUAAUAACAAUUUUAAAGACCAGUCCUCUGCAGUGCAGUAGCACAGGCAGAGGCCAUUUUGUGAGUUUGUCAGGGUCCACUUAUCUGAGAAACAAACAGGGUACACGGAACUGUAGAACUGUCACACAUUCUCUCUCUUGGUAAAUUGUUUUAUUAUUCAAUUUUUCUUUUAUAUAUAUUUUUUGCUCCUAUGAUCUGAAUGGCUGCUAGGUUUCAGUUCUGCAUGUUUGUCCUGUAUGAAUGAGUGUCUUAGCCUUAUUACCUUUGGUAUAUACUGCCCUCCUGUGUUCUGGAUGACUUUUUAAAACUAAUCUGCUUAAUUUACUCUUAAUCUCACUUACCAGUUUUAAAAAGCGCUCUUUGCUCUGUUAUUUGCUGGGUUUGACUGAUGUCAUGCGAUACGUUGCUGUAGCUCAUUGAGGCUUUUUUGUCUUUAUUCUGAAUAUGAGAAGUAUCUCAUAGGUGUCUGUACAUAGCAGUAGCUUGUGCUUAGUGAACAUAUCACACUAUACUAUAUUGUCUUGCACAUAUGACCAUGCAUGUUCACCAGACAAGACAAUGUUAGAUUGACAGGGAACAUAGCCUGACAGGAAACCACACAACUGUCAUGGCAUUAUCCCCUGCAGCUUCCUGUCCAUGCAGAGCUGUCUGUUCAUGUGCUAAAUUGGGCCACAUUGGUGUGAAAAACUAAGGAUGACUUUUGGUGCUUUCAAGACAACCGUGAACUCUGGGGGGGAAACAAUGUCAAAUCCUGAUGUCUGUGAUCUUCCACUCUGAAAGUUGGCGCUCUAGAAAGAGGCCAGAGUUCCCGACUCUGAAUGUAUGAGUUGGAUGACCGCUCAAAACGAUUUUUCCCAGUCUGAGCUUUUAUUUUAUUUUAUUUCAUUUUUAUGAGUUCCCUAUUGUCUUGAAUGCUCUAAAGUCUGAGAUUUCUGAGUUCCCGGUUCUGAAUGCAGCAGAAAUUCACAUAUGACUGUGAUGUCCGGACGGGGCCACAAAGUGAAAUAACAUAGUGUAAAACUUUUUCUUCAGUGACAUCACAUUUGAGAACAUAAACAUCUCUUUUUUUUUUUUUAUAAAUAAAUGCCUCCAUCUUAUGGGUUCCUUGUUUCGACUGCAUCAUGCGAUUCUGAGCAGAGAUGUUGGAUUCAUGAAGAUUGUUCACUCAGGCCGUUUACCAUUGAAAAAUGGUCAGUUUCAGUCUGCUUAACAGGGUGGAUCUCCCAUAGACACCAAUACGAUAGAUAGCAGCUGGGUCUGGUCUACUUCAUUGACUAAUGUAACCAGAAAAAAAUGAGGGAGUGGGAUGUCUCGCUUCUUCUUCCAUCUCUGAUUCUGAGCACCAGGACCUAGUAAUAUGAGUGGUGGGCACUAACAGGGAAUGUUGUUUUGACCUGGGGCAUGUUCAGGGAAUUGCCUAUGCAGUGAGUUCAGCCCUACAGUGCCCUGAAACUCAGAGUAGCUCCUCCUGGUGGGAGAAGAGAGGUAGGAAAUGCUUGAGUCAGUUCAGCCAGACCCAGUAAAGGCUUGAGAUAUUAGAUAUCACACAAUUGUCAAUAAACACGUUUCCCCCAGUUAUUUCUUCUGUAUAGCUUUUACUCAAUCUUUAGGAUGUGGGCGUGGCUUCGGGAUGAAACAGCUGUGCUAUAGGCAUUUUUAGGUUUGAAUGUGACACCUGCUUGGGCCAACAAACUCAAUAGACAAGAUUUCCAUUUCUAUUUUCUUCAUUCUUGCUUAAGAAUGAGACUAAAGCCAUUGAAAUACGUCAUUUGGGAAGUAUCCAAUGCCACAACACUUGAAUGACACAAUGUAUGUGAUGGAAAGUUUACUGUGAAUUAGAGCAUGCUGUGCAGAAUAGGAAAUAAACAGGAAAGAGAUGUUACUUUUUGAUAAGUAAAGCCUUAGAAAUAAAUAGCUAAAAACCAUGGCCUAACAUUUAUUGCUUUUUUUUUUUUUUUAACAUCUUUUUUUUUUGUGCACAUACCUUUCUACCUGUUCCAGCCUAUCCCCUGUGAAAGGAAAUAAUCCUUCUGCUUUAUUCCACUUUGUCCCAGUGGUGGAUAUGAGUGGCUUCACUCAGCCAGCAGUUUCUUUACCCACUCACCCUUCACUCCCUCCUGAACGGUUUUCAUCUUUUCAUUGCAAUUUCUGAAGCUGUAAGGUUAUCUAUUUGCCUUUUUACAUUUUGUAAGGGUCCUCGAGACCACCCAGAAUGCUUUGUAACCAAGAACAUCAUAUCAAAUAACACUGUGUCCAUAUGGUCUGUUAUGUGCGUGCAGUGUGCCAAGGUACAACGGCGUUAUCCUGUGAAUAAACGUUCUUUGUAAAGAGAAACAAAAAGAAAGAAGGUACACUUUUCCACCCUGGUGCCAGGAGGUUCAGGUCUAUGAGAGCUGUAUGACUGUAUCUGUUCUGAGUUUAGUUUUGUGCAGAAUUGGAUGUAGACUUUACAUUUAUUUUUCAAUGCAGGUGUCACUGUUGUCAAUGUAUAUGUAUGCGUUUAAAAACAAAAAUAUUCUAUAUAACUUGACCUGUGGAUGGUGGCCUUACAAGCAAAAGGACGUUUUGGCUGUUUCACCUCGACUCUCCUCCCUUCUUCUUUUGGAUUAUUACUCCAGUUAAAUUGUUGUAGAAGAACAUAAUUAUAAAUAAUGUGAUUUGUCCCCCACACACACACACAAUCAAAUAUAUUUUGUUCGAUCAAUUUCUUUCCAUAGUUUUUUUUUAUUUUUUAAAUGUUUUUGAAAAAAUAAAUGAAGAUGCUGUUGUUGAUAGAAGUGAA